AUGUCCUGCAGAUUAAUUUUACGAUCAAUAUAUUAUCAGUGUAAGAAAAACACAUCAUUUAGUUGUAGUUCUUACAUAAAAACCCGUUUUAAUGGCUUAGUACAAUUGGAAUUAAGAAACUUCAGUACCAAGCCUAAAAGUGAUGUAACAGAAAAAAAACACUGCAACGUUGGGACAAUAGGACACGUAGACCACGGGAAGACGACUCUUACAGCCGCUAUCACGAAAGUACUGGCGAAAGACGGUCUAGCAAACUAUGUGUCAUAUGACGAGAUUGAUAAAGCACCGGAGGAGAAAGCUCGCGGUAUUACAAUUAAUGCUGCUCACGUCGGUUAUAGUACUAAGCUACGUCAUUAUGCACAUACGGAUUGUCCUGGUCAUGCAGACUAUGUACGUAACAUGAUAUCCGGAGCUUCACAGAUGGAUGCCGCUAUAUUAGUGGUAGCCGCAGAUGAUGGACCCAUGCCGCAAACUCGAGAGCAUCUGCUGCUAGCAAAACAAGUUGGCAUACGCUACGUUCUAGUGUUUAUCAACAAAGCAGAUAUUGUUAAUGAUGAGAUUAUUGAACUGGUCGAAAUAGAAAUGCGCGAAUUGCUCUCGGACUUCGGCUACGACGGCAACGGCGCCCCGCUGGUCUGUGGGUCGGCGCUGCGGGCGCUCCAAGGGGACCCCUCCGAACACGGUGUGCCUUCAGUGCAAAGACUUCUUGACGCUAUGGACGAGUACAUCCCCCGGAUAGUGAGGGACGUGACGUCACCAUUCCUGAUGCCCAUAGACAAUGCGUUCACGGUGCCCGGGAGGGGAACCGUGGUGGUGGGCACCAUAAAGAGGGGGGUGAUGAAGCGAAACGACGACGCUGACCUCAUGGGAUUCGGAUAUAAUGUCAAGACCACACUAUCAGACAUACAGAUAUUUAGGAAGAGCGUCCCGGAGGCGAUAGCUGGUGAUAAUGUGGGGGUGCUGCUAAGAGGCAUGAAGAUACGCUCCGUGGAGACUGGCAUGCUGCUCUGCGCCGCCAGAAGUAUGAAGAUGACGAAUCACUACAAGGCGAACAUCUACUUCUUGACUCGAAGCGAGGGAGGCAGGAAGAAGCCGGUCUUCUCUAAGUAUUCGCAGCAAAUGUUCAGUGGCACUUGGAACAUCGCCUGCAGGAUCGAUUUGGAACCAUCAAUGCACAUGAUGAUGCCGGGAGACCACGGCGAAGUGUACCUCACGCUGCUGGAGGACAUGGUGAUGACGCAGGGACAACCCUUCACCAUCAGGGAGAACAACGUGACGGUCGCGACCGGCAUCGUCACGGAGACCCUCUCCUCGGUGGACGUGCCGAAAGGGAAAUUAGGGAAAGUUGAAUUGAAACUUGAUUGAUGUACAAUGUAGUCGU